AUGGCAGCCAACACCUCUGGUGGGAUGCAUGAUGCUCCACUGGACAACGGCUUUGCUGGCACCGACGACCUUGUUUCUGACUGGUACAUCUACGAAACCAUGGAGCCAGCUGUGCCACAGGAUGACAUGUUUCCUACCGUAAUCCCAGACUGCGACCCCACCAUUUCUCCCAGACUGUAUCACAUCUGCAUGGCACCCAUCUCCCUGGCCGUGCUUGUGGGCUUGUCCUUGCUGGUGAAACGCAGGCGUCUCCACCGGAGCUGCUGGAACGGAGUCCCAGGACUGCUCAGCCCGGCCAACUUUCUGGAGGAGGAAGGCAACCAAGGGCUGGUGGCUGCGGUGUUUGGUAUCCUGUUCUCCUCCCUGUGCGUGCUGGUCUUGGACAGGGACCCUCUGCCGCUCAUCGCCCACUCCUCCCAGAGCAGCCGGGAGUACUGGAAGAUCCUGGCUUUGCUCUACUACCCUGCCUUCUACUACCCCCUGAUCGCCUGUGCCACUGUCCGGCACAGAGUCAGCUACCUCCUGGGCUGCCUGCUUUCCUGGUGCCACUGUGUGGUCCACAUCUGGCAGAAGGUCGAUUGUCCCCAGUCGCCGAAGAUAUACAGGUACUACUCCACACUGUCUUACAUCCCCAUCAUCAUCUGCCUUGUGCUCUUAAGCCUUUGGUAUCCAGCCCUGUUCAUCAGGAGCUUCACCAAGGAGGAGGAGACUUUGGAUAAGGAGGUUACAGGGAGAGGUUACUACAAGAAGUACCUAAAGGCUGUCCUGUCCAAACGCCCUCGGAAGGGCAGCUCCACAAAGAUAGAAAAGAGCCUCCUAUCAAGGGUCCAGACGUAUUUACACUCCUACAUCUACACUCCUGAGGAAGGUUUCCAGAUCCCACUGAAACUUGUCCUGUCCACAACCACGGCCGUGAUCGCUGUCUACCAGGUCGCCCUGCUGCUCCUGGUAGCUGUUGUCCCCACCAUCCAGAUCGUGCGGGCGGGGAUGACAAAGGACAUCGUGGUGUUGUUGGUCCAGUUUGGCUUGGUGCCCUCGGAGAGCCCGGCCAUCCCGGGUGAUAUGGAGAAGGAGCUCAACACCGUCAAGUACUACUUGUGGUCCCUGGAAGUCUGCUACAUCUGCUCGCUGGUGCUGUGCUGCCUGCUGACCUGCGCCAUGCUCCUAAGGACACUGGUGAUGCACAGGAACAACCUGAAGGCGCUGUACCAAGGGGCUGUGCUGGAUGUUUUCUACAAAGCCCAUAUCCUCCGCCCAUCCCGACAAGCCAUUGUCUGCUGGAUGAGCUUUGCCGGCUUCCAGACGGCUUUUGCCUGCCUGGGUCUCCUCAUCCAGCAAGUGAUUUUCUUCAUCUGCUCAGUUGGGUUUACCUUCCUCUUUGUCAUCCCACUCCAGUCCGGCACAAACACACACCUCUUCAAAAUCAUUCAGAACAUGUGGCCCUUCUGGCUGACCCUGGUUGUUGCUGUCAUCGUGCAAAAUUUGGCAGCUCACUACCAAUUCCUGGAGCAGCAUCCUCUCCGAAAAGAGCUCACCAACAGGCGAGCUCUCUACAUAGUCACCUACCUGUUCUUCCCCAUCAACGUCCUGGUGGGUGUCCUGGCCGGGGUAUGGAGGAUGGUCAUUUCUGGCCUUUAUAACUCUGUGAACCGCGGUGUGGAGUCCUUUGACCCUGGCUACCACACUUACUGCCACUAUCUGAAAAUCGAGGUCAGCCAGUCCCACCCAGUGAUGAAAGCCUUUUGCUUGCUGCUUCUCCAGCUAGCCAGGCCGGAGGGGCCACCGGGGCUCCGGGCCAGCAACGUGGAAGAAGGCAUCCAGCUAAUGCAGCCCAAGAAAGCGCCGCCCAGCAGAGCCAGGUUCAAGCAGAGCCGAGCCCGGUGGUGGCUGGCCUACACACUCCUCAACAACCCCUCGCUGACAGCUUGCCGGAAAACUGCCCUCUCUGACCCCACGGCAAAUGGCACCCAGCUCAGCCCCCCCAAGCCCUGA